GAGCGCGUCUGUGGCACCGGAAGCUGGAAGCUAAAUCCGCUCUUUUUGGCUUUCGGCUCAUACAGAAGAGGUUUUGAUGUAACGUCCUCUAGAGGCGCGCGAGCUCGAUGCCCCCUGCUUUCCCGGCUGUCGGCGCGUUGUCUAAGCAUUUGUCCGGCCCGAGAGCGCAGGAGAAGCAGCACACUGACUCUGGACCGGACCACCAGCGAAUCAGCUUCAUUAUUCAGUUUCCACUUUAAUACAUUAUUGAAGACCUCUCUAAAUAAAGAUACUGGAGCUGGUGCGCAAGUGUAGUCAAUUGACAGGCGCGGAGUACAGGCAAUUGCUCACCAGACCGGCAGCGUAGGCGUUUUUUCCCCCCAGUGCGUCUCAGUUUUGCAACAAAAAGCAGCACUGGAAAGAGAACUUGAACGCCAGUUUGAACGCGUGGACAUCUUCAGCAGCAACGGAUCAGCAUUUACACUAAGCGCGUCCAGGUCAUUGGGUUUCAGUCGGAUCUGAAGUGCGGGAUGGAUGUGCGCUUAGCGCUCGUGCUGUGCGUCCUGGCCGGAGCGGUGAGCGCAGAGAGCGCCACCGGGAAAUCUCGGAGCUGCACGGCUUUCCGAGACUUCUACAGCUCCAAGGGCUUCAGCAUGAGCGGCGUUCCGCAGGCGCAGAUCUCCGGUGAGCACUUGCGAGUGUGUCCACAAGGCUACACCUGCUGUACGAGCCAGAUAGAGGAUAAUCUGUCCAACCUGAGCAGGAAAGAAUUUGAGGACCAGGUGAAAGAAUCUGGGCACACUUUACAGGUCUCACUCAACAGCCAGUACAAAAGCUUUGAUGGUUAUUUCCAGGAGCUGCUGAACCGUUCUGAAGCUCAUCUCCGUGCCUCAUUGCAGUCCACCUUCGGUUCGCUCUUCUCCCAGAAUGUCCGGGUGUUCCAGGAUCUGUAUUCAGAUCUGCGGCACUACUACCGUGGCUCCAAACUGAACCUGGAGGAGGCGCUGAACGACUUCUGGGCGCGUCUGCUGGAGAGGUUGGUGCGAGGACUGAAUGGGCGCUACAGCAUGGGCGAAGAUUAUCUGGAUUGUGUGGCGAAGCAGGCAGAGACGCUGCAUCCCUUCGGAGAAAAAGUACGAGAGUUCAAGCUCAAGGUCACACGCACUUUUGUGGCUGCCAGAUCCUUUGUUCAGGGGCUCGUCGUUGCUGGGGAGGUGGUGCGAAAAGUUUCUCAGGUUCCUCUGAGCGUGGAGUGUGUACGUGCUCUGAUGAAGCAGACAUACUGUCCUCACUGCAGAGAAAUGGCCUGGGCUAAGCCAUGCUCCCCGUACUGCAGAAACGUGAUGAAGGGCUGUCUCGCCAAUCAGGCAGACCUGGACACUGAGUGGAAAAACCUUGCAGAUGCUAUGCUACAGGUGGCUGAUCGGCUGAGCAGACUCCCCACUGUGGAUGCAACCAUUUUGUCUCUGCCUAAGUGCAUUGCUGAUGCCAUCAUUUACAUGCAGGACAACCUGAACACUUUCAACAGCAAGGUGUUUCAGGCAUGUGGUACACCUCCAGAGAACCCCAGCCCGGAGGAGCCGAAAAAGAGAGGCAACCCCGUAGGAGAAGACUUCAGCAGCACUUCAGCAGCAAGCGUGGAAAAACUGUUACAAGAUGUAUCCCACAAGAUAAGGAACAUGAUGCAAUACUGGAUUCAGUUGCCCAAUAAGCUGUGUGUGGACCGAGAGGCAAAAAGCAGUGACGAGAACAAAUGCUGGAAUGGAAUGGCCGUAGAUAGGUAUCUCCCAGAGGUGAUUGGAGACGGACUGGCCAACCAGAUCAACAACCCUGAAGUGGAGAUUGACAUCACUAAACCAGACAUGAUUAUACGACAACAGAUCAUGCAGCUCAAAAUCAUGACGAGCCGAAUGAAGAACGCCAUCGAUGGCAACGACGUGGACUUCCAGGAUGCCAGUGAUGACAUCAGUGGCUCUGGAAGUGGAAUGUGUAAUGAUGAUCAGUGUUUCCACAACCAGCAAAUUAUGGUUCGCAGUACACGCAGACCGAGAAUCUAUCCCAACCUUCCUGGGAACAAGAAUGAGGUGAAAGCUGACGGAAGACGGAUCCUCCCUUGCUCCGCCCUUUACCUGCUCUCAUUGGCCACAGUGCUGCUUAGGCGAUAAUUGUUGUUUCAGCCAAUCAGGACUCAGUAUGGGAUGGGGAUGGACUGAGGAGGGGCGGGGGCAGUUACGUUGCCAAAAAUAAUAUCAUAACAAGCAUAUGAAAUUUACAAACAAUAGCAAAAUGUGGAAAUGAACAGUCCUCUUUGUCACUAUACAGAAUAUACUUUAAUUUCUGUUCUAUAUGUCUGUUUUGAAUACCUGCACUCCUUCUCUGGUGUGAGGGAAAUAUCGCGCAUUUAAGAACUGAGAAGUGAUUCUCUAGGUAUGGAUUUAACUACAUAUUUGAAGUUCUGUGCCAUAAGAGCUGCGAAAAUCUCUUAUUUGUGCUCAUUCAAAAAUUAGGAUUUUAGAUAAUUUAUUUAUUGCUACCGAAUCCCCUCCAAUCCUGAAAUCCAGUGUAUUUAAAUGUCUGGAAAUCAUCAUAUAGGUCACAUCACCUGUUUAUCAAAAACAGUAAGGAGAGAAGUUUUAGACUUCCACAAUAAUAACCGUGGGCCUGCAAUAGGUUAUCUUUAAACCAUUGUUCUCAUAGACGGCCAUCUCUUUUUUCACACACACUUUCUUGUGCUUUUAAUAAUCAUUGUUAUUUUUUUCCAAUUGCAGCUUUAAGGCUCGGGCUUGCAUAAAACACUACCUAUAUGUACCACAGUUAUGAAUAAAGCGCAUAAAUGAUAACACAUGCAUAAUUUCGGCAAGGCAAAGAGCAAUAUUUUGGCUUUGAAGUUCACACACCAGCAGAAUAAAAAAGACAAUAUUUUCAAGAAGUUGUAUCACUUCACCGAAGCUGUAUGUGAUUCUAUAUGAUAGUGUCUUGAUUUAAUGAAAUUUCCCCAUCAUCUCUGAGCUUUUUUUUUUUUUUUUUUUUUUUCAGAAGGCAUUUGUAAGGAGAUUGAAACACUGCACUAUAGUGUACUUCAGUAAGACAGCAAUGUGCAGGUUUCAGUAAUGAACUACAUGAUAGAAUCCCCUCCCAAAUUUCCCUCUGUACUUCUCUUUUAGAAAAUGUUCACAGUGCUUAUGUGUUGCUCUCACUGCAACGCUAGUGAUCCCUAAUGAGCAUGUCUAUGAAUGGCGCUCUGUAGACAGGGAUAGAAAAAUACAGUGUUGAGAAGGAGGUUGAGCAUUUUGGAUGGUGUUUGUGGACAGGUAGAUAUUUGGAAGCGUGUGUGUGUGUGUGUGUGUGUUUGUCUUGGUGAUAGAUAUUCAGAUGCAUGUGUUAGGGAUGUCACCAAAUAUGAAUUCAUUAUUUGGAAUGAACUGAUUUGAAUCUGUUCAAAACAGGUACAAAUACUGAUAUAAAUAGUAGGCGCACAAUUGUGGUUUUUUUUUUUCUCUUUCUGCCAGAAAUAUUCACAGAGCAUCAGGUCCAUACUAGAGGUUUUUGUCGGUAUUGAGAUCCUGUAUAGUCAUACAAGAGGAAGUUUUUACUUUUCUGCCGGAGUGAGCGAGUGGUCAGAUGUGAAGAUUGUGGGACAAAUAAAGAGUGCGGGAACGUGCAGCACUGAACAAUGCACGUAUAACAGCCUUACUAACAGUGUUGCAGUGGUAUCAGGCUACUACAAAAGAACCAUUAGAACCAAAUUUGUUAGAAAAUAUCACAAACAGAUAUAAACAAAAAUAAUAACUGCACAAGCAGGUUUAAACAGUCGCUCUAGUUAAGACUAAUUAUGAACUCAAGUUUGAGGCUGUAUCUGUGUGUUUGUGGACACAGAUAUUUGGACGUGUGUGUGUGGGCGAGUCUUUGACUGCUUGGGCAUGUGGACAUGAGGGUCCUUGGAGGUGCGUGUGUGUGUGUAUGUGUAUGUUUGUCUAUGUCGGUAGUAGAUAUUCGUGUGUAUGUGUGAUAGAGAGUGUAAAUCUGAAUGCUCAUCUUUCGGUGCCUGUGACAGAACACCCCUGUUCUGGAAAUGAGUAAUAAUGGCGCAGGGUGAUAACAUCACUACAGAACAUGCAGUGGACUCGAUUGCGUUCAGAUUGCACAAUGCAGUUAAUGCAGCCUAUAGUGAUGAUGUGCUCAAAACCACUGCAUGCUGGGACAUCCCUUUUCUCCUCCACUAGUCAUCUCUUGUCCUAGCAGACACAUUCCAAAACAAUGUGUAAAGAAAAAAAUACAAAAAAAAAAUGUAAAUUUAUUUGCACAACUUUGUCAAUCUCUGUAAAUCUCAUUUCAGUUCUCCAUUCCUUUCCUGAUAGCUUUUUUGAAAUACUGCACUUUUUGUGACAUAUAUGUUGCCUCUUAAGUAACACAGCAGCCGCCGCACGACUUGAUUGACGAUCUGUAGCUGAGCAUCAGUGAUAAAGCGGCUGAUCGAUUGGGAUCAUAGGUUGAAAAAUGUGUAUUACCAAUUGGAUCAGAAAAUUGGAUAGAAGCAAAGACAGAAUCUUAUCUGAUAGCAUCGUGGAUAAUAGGGUCCAAUAUAGAAGGAGAACAUAAUAAUUAGUUUGUUGGUUAAAGGUAGGUGUAUGCAGAACAGUGAAUUUGUGGUCAGGUUUCAGUGCUACCUUAACCCUCAUUUAUACAUGGCGUUAGACCAGUAUGUACAUAUUCAGCCAAUAAAGCACUAAAAUUAUUACACAACAUCCAUUUAACUGGGACGAUCUUCUGGGAUAGUUCUUCAUCAUGUGUAAAGGACUGAAGGAGACAGUAGCACACACUGGGACACAUGGCAGAAUGGUGCCAUGGAUAUUGGGUACUGGAAAAUGUAUACACUUUUUCAAAAAGCAGGAGUACAUAAUUGCAUGUCAUGUAUUAAGAACAAAGUCCAUUGAAGGGUUCAGCCGAUUCUGAUCACAAGCCCAGGAAUGCCUGUUCCACCAACUUGGGCCCUAAAUAACCACUUGUAGUGUUAAAUAUGGCUGACAUUGGUGAAAUAAAAUUUAAACAAGAAAAAAAUGCAAAUAUCUACAAAAUGUUCUGAUAUAUGCUUUAAUGUUUUGUGUUUCCAUUUCUCUUUUUUUUUCCAAUAAACACCAAUAGAGAGUUUGUGUUUGUGGAUGGAGUGUCAAAAAAAAUUGAUGCAAAUUUGAUGCAAAUUUGUCAAUUUGCUGUUUUAUGUUCCUGGAAAAAAAAAGUACUUGUCAAUUAUAUACAUCAUUCAAUUUUGAAAAUGUCUGCGUCAAACUCAUUUUGUCACUUCCUUUUUAAAGCACUGGGACUCAUCUUUUAGUAAAGUUGUGUGUAAAUAUUUUCGUAUGCCAAACUAAACUAAAAGUUCCCACUAGAUUAAAAAAAAGAUAACGCUGAUUUUCUUUGUAUUCACAUACGUAUGCUGAUCACCCAUAAAUUCCCAAGCAUAUUCAUAGCAUAGCUGAGUUACUUUUAGUGACGCCCACAAAACUCCAUAAAAGGCAAAGCUCACAGGGCUGAAAAUGGCAAAUUGGUGACUAAACAGUAAAACUGAACCUCCUAACGGCAGAGUAUCCUAAAUCUUCCUGUAAUGCAGCUCAGCCAGUGCAGCGCGUCCGCUACCACAGACACACAAUAACGCUUUUUAUGGGGCGCCAUUUUUUUGCCCUAAUUCAAUAGUCAGACUUAUUUGUUUUAAUUUAUUGGUUUGUAUUGGAUUGCUUUGUUUCAAGUCCAUAAUAUGAAAUGACUUUGAUUAAAUUUAUGUGUGCAAUUGAAAUAAAUAAUCUA